AUGGAUAAUAACAACGGAGCUACUAAACCGGAAGUGUUGAUGCAGGAAAAGGGGGAAAUCAUCAAACCUGUGAUACCUGAAGGAGCUGUGGAGGAUCUUGUACGUAAAGUAUAUGGCCUAGAUGUAAAGAGCUGUAAAGAAUUGAAUAGCUAUGACGACAGGAACUACCACGUUACAGUACAUGACAGUUCUAAUAAUACUCACAUACCGGAAGUGUGGAAAGAUGGCUAUAUUUUGAAGAUAUUAAACAGCAUGGAUUCCAAACGUCCUGUCAUCGUUGAAGCACAGAACAGUCUGUUGAGUCAUCUCCGCAAACAAAACAUGUCAGUGCCAGAAAACGUCCUCACCUUGUCGGGCGAGUCGAUGUCUCUACAAAAGGUUUUUGUGGAGAAAGAAGUAAAAGAACCAGACAGUGCCUUGUAUGGUACCUAUAUUGUGCGCAUGCUCAAAUACAUCCCCGGAGACAUCCUGUUCAGCAAACCAUGUACGCCUGGUUUGUUAUACAAUGUCGGCAGAUUCAUUGGUAAAUUUUCGAACGCAACGAAGGGUUUUCAUCAUCCGUUUUAUGAUACACAUUCCCUUGUUUGGAGUCUGCUAGAGUUUUCAAAGCUGAAAGAAUUUGUAUUUGUGGUGAAAGACGAAAAUGACAAACGUGUGGUUGAUGAGGUCAUAUCUGCGUUUGAAUCCAAUGUUCUACCAGUGCUUGGUAAACUCCAAAAAGGUGUGAUACAUGGUGAUCUUAACGAGCAGAACAUUCUCGUCAUAGAGGAGCCCGGGCAGGAUGACGUCACAACGGAAGAGCGUGUUUAUGACGUCAGUGGAUUACUGGAUUUUAUGGAUGUGACCGAUUCAUACUGUAUAUUUGAUAUUGCUAUCAACAUCGCGUACAUGUCAAUAAUUUGUGAUCCCUCAGAGCAGCUCGACGCUGGCGGCCACAUAUUAGCUGGUCUGGUACCCGUCUUUCCUUUAAAUGACGUCGAGUUGGAUGUGUUACAGAUAUCGGUGUGUGCUCGGUUGUGUCAGUCUCUGGUGAUGGGAGCUUACUCUAAUUAUCAGGACCCGUCUAAUCUGUACGUGCUCACUACCGCUGAGAAAGGUUGGCCGCUCAUACACAAACUAUGGAAUACACCCAAACAUGUGCUGAAGGAUAGGUGGCAGCAUCUGAUUAACCGAUAUCGGGACACUGUUUGA